UAACAGAUGCACGGCAACGUCAGCAGUUAGCUCCAGACCAGCAGACCUAUAGACAGCUCCAAACAAUUCAUUAAAAUCUAUUGGAAGAUUAGCCGAAUUUAUAUUUUAUUGUUAAUAAAAUGGCACAAAAUAUAAGCCUUAUGAAACUUUCAUUUUCUCGUAAUUUAUUUAAAAAAAAGAGCAAUGUUAUUUUAUGUACUGUUAAACCAAUGAGUUCAUGGUGGUCUCAUGUAGAGAUGGGACCACCUGAUCCAAUUUUAGGUGUUACAGAAGCAUUUAAGAAAGAUCAAAAUCCUAAAAAAGUUAAUUUGGGAGUUGGUGCUUAUCGUGAUGAUAAUGGUAAACCAUUUGUUUUACCAAGUGUAAAAAAGGCUGAAGAUAAAAUUAGAUCUAAGGAAAUGAAUAAAGAAUAUGCACCAAUAGCUGGAAAUGCAGAAUUUUGUAAACAUAGCAUUAAUUUAGCGCUUGGUGAUUGUAGUGAAAUUGUAGAAAAUGGUUUGAAUGCUACUGUUCAAGGACUUUCUGGCACAGGUUCACUUUGCAUUGGAGCAAACUUCUUUGCACACUUUUUCCCUGGUAACAAAGAAGUAUAUUUACCAACACCUACAUGGGGAAACCAUGGUCCUAUAUUCAAGCUAGCUAGGCUUGCAGUCAAAUCUUAUCGGUAUUAUGAUCCAAAAACUUGUGGAUUGGACUAUCAAGGUCUUCUAGAAGAUAUAUGUAAAAUGCCAGAAAAGUCUAUUAUUAUUUUCCAUGCAUGUGCACAUAAUCCUACUGGUGUAGAUCCUAAACCAGAACAAUGGAAAGAAUUGGCAGCAGUAGUAAAGAAACAUAAAUUGUUUCCUUUCUUCGAUAUGGCGUAUCAAGGAUUUGCUUCAGGUGACAUAGACCAAGAUGCUUUUUCAGUUAGAUUAUUUGCUAAAGAAGGAAUUCCAUUUGCUUUAGCUCAAUCUUAUGCCAAAAAUAUGGGUUUAUAUGGCGAACGUAUUGGAGCACUUACAUUUGUUACUACCAGUAAGGAAGAAACAAGCCGUCUUCUUUCCCAAUUAAAAAUUUUAAUUAGACCAAUUUAUUCUAAUCCACCAAUACAUGGUGCUAGAAUUGUUAAUGAAAUAUUAGGAGAUCCUGAAUUGAAAGAAGAAUGGCUUUGUGAUGUAAAAGGAAUGGCUAACCGUAUUAUAUCUGUGCGUCAACAGUUGCGUGAUAAUCUUAAAAAGAGUGGUAGUUCUCGCGAAUGGACGCAUAUAACAGAUCAAAUUGGAAUGUUUUGUUUCACUGGUCUUAAACCCGAGGAGGUAGAGAAACUUACGAAGGAUUACAGUAUUUAUUUGACAAAGAACGGCAGAAUAUCCAUGGCAGGUGUAACAUCAAAAAACGUAGAAUAUAUUGCACAAGCUAUGCAUGAAGUCUCAAAAUCAAAAUAGUUUGAUAUUUCUUUAAUACAUAAAUAAACUUGAGCAUAAGUGAAAAUUAAAUGCAUUUAAUAUUGCAUACUGCUUUUAUAGAAAUACUGCAGGCAGUAUAACUUUUUAUGGAAUUUAAAUGUUAAUUUAUAUUUGAUAUAUUGUAUUUCAAAUUAUACAGAGUAUAGUAAUUAUGGAGCAGCUAAGAGGAGGCUUAUUUUCGAAAUUAUAGAUUAUAAUCUACUUUUUAAAUUAUCGCUCAGAUUCCAUAUAUUCUUGAUUAAUGUACUUUACUAUUGUGAGAGAUUAAUAGAAAGU